GAGAGGCCGGUCCGGGUCUGGCCACUGCCGCCGCUCGCCCGAGGUCUUCAGGCCGGACUGUGGCUGUGCCGUCCACUCCUCGGCUCCGUCAGCGAGGCUCCGUCGGGCCAGCGUGUGAGAGUCGCGGGCGGCGGCCGCCGCAUCAUGUCAGCCAAGGACGAGCGGGCCAGGGAGAUCCUGAGGGGCUUCAAACUAAAUUGGAUGAACCUUCGGGAUGCUGAGACAGGAAAGAUCCUCUGGCAAGGAACAGAAGAUCUGUCCGUCCCUGGAGUGGAGCAUGAAGCUCGUGUUCCCAAGAAGAUUCUCAAGUGCAAGGCAGUCUCUCGAGAGUUGAACUUCUCUUCAGCAGAGCAGAUGGAGAAGUUCCGCCUGGAACAAAAAGUGUACUUCAAAGGGCAAUGCCUGGAAGAAUGGUUCUUCGAGUUUGGCUUUGUGAUCCCUAACUCCACAAAUACGUGGCAGUCCUUAAUAGAGGCAGCACCCGAGUCCCAGAUGAUGCCAGCCAGCGUCUUAACUGGGAACGUUAUCAUAGAAACAAAGUUUUUUGACGAUGAUCUUCUUGUGAGCACGUCCAGGGUGAGACUUUUCUACGUUUGAGAGAAGAACAUGUGUGCAUUUCAAGAAUUUGGGGUUUUGGGGGGAGGAGGAAACUGUUUACUUCUGUCCUCCACACAUUUGGUUUUUGACACUCCCACCUUAAUUCCCUCUGCGGCAAACCCACCCGCGGCCACCAGGGGACCAGCUCUGAGUAGGCAACCAGAUGGCUGUUUUUCCACCCAAACAGCCUUCUUCCACUGACCAGACGCAACAUCCCAAGCAGUCCAGGUCAGGGAGGGGUGACCUGACCCCUUCCUGGUGCACGCACAGGGGACAGAAACAAACCACAAGCCGGUCCUGCCCCUGCCCUGCCCGCUCCUUGGGCCGCCAGGCUGGCUGCUCACCUUCCUUCGGCCCCUAGUUAUGGAAAAUUUCAUGUUCCUGACCUAUGUUUAGUUUUUUUCCCCCCAUUUCUAUUUCAUACAUUCUCUACAUUUAACUUGUAAAAUAGACUGUGAUAUUAUUAUUACGUAAUAUAAUUAAAACAUUAAUUAAAAUAUUCCUACAGUCUUUAGCAUGGCA